AUGCUGGUGACCUAUUUGGAAGCCAGCCGAGACCUUUGCGAGACGGACUCAAUUCUCUUUGGCGCUGCACUGGCAGUCUGCCGUAUUAUAGGUGCCGAACUUUUCACGGCUGGACGCACUACUGGACUAAGUUGUGCUAUCCCAGCCUGGAGAACAAGAAUUGAAGAACGUAUCGCAAAGGCAAGGGCCCUAAUCGGCAGACUGAUAUGCUUCAGGUCAGGCAAUACAAGGCCGAGCAUUUUGGGCACCGUCAGGAUGGCGUUGGCUGGAACAAAUAUUGUGACGGAAAGGCUGGAGCAACUCAAAACAGAAGUUGCUAAAGAGCUCUAUCCUAGUCGCGAUGUAUCUGAAGAUAUUAGUGCCCAAGAGCCUACCGCAGAUGCUUCAUCAGAAAUUAUUCCGGAUUCACUUACUGAAGUAAGCACCGCACCUUACGAAGAACGAAGGGAACAAAUAGUAGAGAAUGAAACCUUACGAAUCCUUAGAGAAGAAUUUGAAAAAGUCUUAGUUGAGUUUAUGGGUACUAACCCCUUAUUACGACCAACCAUUGGGCGCCAAAAUAGUAAAAAAAAAACUGGCAAUCGCGGUGAAUUUGAUGAACACUAUAUUGAUCUAGCGGCGAAAGGGGGAGAAGUUGGAGGUUUGGCGUAUUGGGCUAGGAUGCAUCGCUUUUUUGCAGAGCUGGAGCCAUCUCUAUCCGUCACUGAGCAAAACCUGGCGGACCGAGUUCGGUACAUCCUGUGCUCCAACAUAUUUGGUGACGCCGAACUCGAACGACUACGACGUGAGGCUGUUCCCUCAUCGAAUCGAAAUGCUACGGCUGGAAAUGCGGUGCCACUAGAUGCGCAGCAAACUGCAUAUGUGGAUGCUGCCGUCAAUAUUCCGUUUGUGGUUAAUUCAGACGAUGAUGGAAUAGUCUUCCACGAACUAGAGAAAAUGAGGAGCGAAAAUCGACCGCGACUUCCCCGCAUACCCCUUAGCAAGCGAAAUCGGGCUGUCGUGCGGGCUCUUAACCCAAUGCUGGUGACCUAUUUGGAAGCCAGCCGGGACUGGCACUGGCUGUAUGCCGUAUUAUUGGCGCCAAACUUCCCAUGGCUGGACGUGCUACUCAACAAAGUAGCGCCAUCCCAGCCUGGAGAAAAAGAAUCGAGGACCGUAUCGCAAAGACAAGGGCCCUUAUCGGCAGACUGA